AUGUUCCGCCUGCUAGAUAUGGAUGUGAGAAGCUCGAAGACUGGCUACGGAUAUUCAGCCCUUCAUACUGCUGUCAUAUCUCGGGACAUCAAAGCUGUACAAGCACUAACAAGCACUGAAGCAUGUGAUCUAGAGUCCAGAGAUUCCAUGGGCUUUACAGCUUUGCACCUUGCUACACUACAAGGAAGUGAACAAUUGGUGCAACUGUUAGUACAAGCGGGAUCUGACGUCAAUAGUCGGACAAAAGUAAGUAUACCAGAGAAAAGUCUUACUAUCUCAGAACAUUUCAAACAAAAAGAAUGCGGCUCGUUGAGAUUUAAAAUUAAAUUAAACAAUCAUAUAGCCGUCGCUACAAUUUAGUCAUUAUAGGUAGGCAUGCAUGCGAAGGCUUUGGCUGUAAGAUUCUUAACUGUGAGUGCCCGGACCUGCAACACAAAGAGGGUGCAUCACGCAUGGUUUUCAAGCGAAUCAACAAUAUUGGAAGAAACUGGGAAGAGAAAGCGACUGGAAGGCCUGAUUCUCACAGGCUGUCCAGUGGAAGAAACGUAAAAAGUUAUUGUUUUUAGCAACUUGUCCUAGACACGAUGACACAAUUUAUAAACUGAAGUUUUCAAGUCAGUGUAGUCGUUUUCCUUGUUUUCAUUCAUGUAUGGCCAAAGACAGCCAUAAAUAGUUUCAUUGCACUUUUAAAGUGCAAAAUAGGAUUGGAACAUUGUAUUGAUCAGGGGCACCCAACGACAAUUUUCGGAAGAAUAUCUGUUCGGAAGACGAUUUUAGAUCUAGAAUUUUCGGAACAUUUGUUGUAAAAUUUCUUGCUUGCCUGCCUCUCCUAUGAUUUUCGAACAUCAAAAAAAUGGUAUAAUUGCCUAUUUUUAACGGAUUUUUACCCUAAAAAGGUCACGUAGAAUUUUCGGGAGCCUUUUUUCUGGCUGAAAUUUUCGAAAAGGUAAGUUUUGAUCCCUAUAAUUUUCGGAUCACUUGGCUUUCAGCUAGGAAAUCCGAACAGAUGAAAAAUUUUUAGGGGAUGAAAAUAUGCCUAUCUACCGUUUAAAUACUAAACGUUUAACAGUGCUACGUUUAAGUGGUUUUGAACUAUAUUCUCGUUGGGUGCCCCUGAUUGAUGUUUCAUUGUUGCAAAUACAUCUCUUGACAGUGCCUCUUAAGAAAGUACAUAAAAAGAGAACAAAAUCUGGCCAAUUUUUACUGAAUUUCCGAGACGCGUUGAAAAGGCUUAAAUCGUAUCGUAUUUGAAACUGGGAAUAGUUAACCGUCUUUGUGAAUGCAAGGGCCUUGUUACAGUCAUACAAUUAACCAUUUUCGCAUUUCCCAUAAUACAUCCUGUUACUAUCCAAAAUAAUACUCCUGGGUGUUACAGUGGUCCCGAGGGAAAUUUAAGACAAUGCUUAUCCAAAUUGGUUUGAAGGGCGUGAAGGGGGUAGAUAACAAGGUAUUUUGUGGGCAAUGUCAGGAGCUCAUAUUGGAUCUAGGCAAGGUGAAAAUGGUAAUUGCACUCAGAGAUUCUAUAGUCUGAUUUUUUUUAUCGUUAUCUAACGGUGAUCCUCGUGGUGUGUUUUAUUUUAGGAGGGAAUGACUUCACUUCACAUCAGUAGUGAACAUUCUGAGGCAGAACAAAACAUUAUAUCUACUCUAGUAACUGCCGGAUCCUGCGACGUGAACGUGCGCAACAAACUCGGUCGCACUGCGCUUCACUUAGCAGCUAAACUAGGAAACAUACAUAAUCUGAAAGUACUUAUUGACGCUGGUUGCGACAGAGGUAUUAAAGACAAACUUGGAUUCACUGCGGUUGGUUUGGCUUUUAAGUUUAAUCAGAAAGGGAGUGCGGAUAUUUUACUCCACUAUAAACCCCGGAGAAGUCGUAGCUCCUCCAAAGACAGUCUUCUGGAUGAAAAUCGAAAUGAACGAGCAGUUGAAUGCAAAGAUAUUGAAAAAGAAGAAGAGACAGUUAGGAAGGAUUGUGUUUGCACUACAAGUUUUCGAGUACGGGAUGUUAAAACUGUUCAUUCAUUGAAGCAGUCUAAAAAGAAUCAAAUUCAGUUUCAAGAACAUUGUAACAAGGUGUUAUUGAAGUUAAAGAACAGGGACGUAAAAGAAGGCGAAGAGUUGUCUUGGAAAAUUAACCAUCUUCUCGGAACUAUGGUUACAAGGAAAAGAGACAAAUUGGAUGGCUUAACCUCUUACAACUCGUGGAAAACACUUCACAUAUUAGAGAGAAAACUCUGGAACACAAUUCCAAGUUGUGUUUCUUUCAUUCAUUAUCCUUUUCUUGUAUACUCUGUUGCAUCGUUCGAUGCUCGACCAAGCAAACGAUGCUCCCUUGCUUUAAUAAGGGAGGACUUAUUUGGGAGAAAUGCUGAUCGCCGCAAUUUGGAAACGGGCUUAUUAGCAAAGCUGCUGACUGAUUUGAAAGGUACCUUACUCUGUUCUCGCAAUCCACGGGCGUCUUUUUGUUUUGAACAAAGGAAUUUGCCAGCAGGUUUGACCAGUUUUGACCUCGAAGAGACAAGGCCGGAGGAGGUACCAGUAUUUGACAACUUUGAACACUUCGCUCAAAUAUUAAAAGAGCUUUGCAAAUGCAAGAGCGAGAAAAUGUCGUCACUGAAGAGUGCAGAUAGUGAAGCUAAAAGUGCGGGCGGAAUCCAUACUAAAAGCAACAAAAUUUUGAUCGUCGGAGAUUCCGAUGGGCAAGAGCACCAAUUGCGCAAAAUAAUGAGCGAAUUCGGUGUGGAUGAAGUACAAGACUUUUUAUCCUGCCUAAGUCAGGCGAUCAACACUAGAAAUCCCCAACCGCCAUUCGUGGAAGAUUUCGUGGAAUUUUUUCUCGAAAACUCAAAGAUUUUUACAUAUUGUCUCAACUCAAAAUAUUCGUUGUUUAGGACAAUAUUGGACAAAUAUCUUUCAACUAGCAGCCCAUGGAUAGCGGACAGAAUUGCAAGUCUUUUCCUUCAAGUCUGCGUUGCUUUGUCGAGUGAGAAGCGACUAUUACUUAGGUGCGCCGGGGAUAUUAUGCAGCAAGGCCUGUCGCACGAACAUUGCAAUGCCUUUUCCCUCGGGAACUCCAUUUUAGUUCGAAUGGGACUUCUUAAGGGAGAGUUUGACGUCAACAUCGUAUCAAACCUCAAAGGUCCCCUUUUAGCGCUUGAACAUAUUUUCGGCGAGGAUUAUUUUCCAAGAAAUCUUGCUUCUACAUUUGCUUCAUUUCUUUCCAAAUCGAGUCCCAAACUGUUUGGAUUAGAGGAGUUGCGCCUUCGGGCUCUUGUGUCUGCGGUUACCCGAGAAGUUCUUCCUACUUCGGUGCAGGAAGGUGAAAGAGAGACAGGAAGGAGCUUCAAGCGAAUCUGUGACGUCGCUGCUCUUGAACAAUACAGGGAAUUACUUUCGAGGUGCAUAGACUCAUUAUUUUCUCGCACUUUUGUCGAGUUGAAAUGCAGGGCGUGGCCUGUUGGGGAGAGCCUUCUCUCGUACCUCGGCCUGCUGAAAAGCGAAUACUCCAUUGAGAUUGUUAGAAACCUGAAAUGCGCUUUAAAACUUCUUUUUCCUGUGGUGAAGCAAAGUUAUUUUCCACAAGAACUUAAGGAAAUGUUUUUAGUUUUCCUUAAAAAACCGAAUCCUGCUCUGAAUUCGUGUUCGUGGGUGGUUGAAGAGAUCGUUAAUAUAUUAGUAAAUAAGCAAGGUGAUUGGUAA